CAGUGAUCCAAGCAUGUGACGUGACAUAACGGAUCUCCGUAGAAACGGUUCCUAAGAAACGAGUGGCUAGAAUAAAGGUGGAUGCGUGGAGCGCCCAGGUAGGCAGUCACGCGCGGAGACGGCAACGGAGACACAGAUGGGUGUGUUGAUUGAGCCAGUGAGACCCCUAGCUGGGUCUGUGGGAAAGGAGCUGCUGACCAGGACUGACCUCAACCACUACUGCACCUCUUACACGCAAUCACACGGCAGGACAGACAAAUGGGUUCGCUUAGGUCAUCACUAUGGGACAGGCUACUCCUCCAACCUGCGGCCAGCUGUCUACUACACUCCCAACCUGGAUAAGGAGGACAACCCUCAGCUCGGGUUGGAGGACACAUUCUGUGUGCUGUCGUUGUUGGACCCCCUGUCCCAAACACGGCGAGACUUCCUGCCCAUUCAGAGACCCACCAGAGACCAGCCUGUUCUCAGGCCUGCUGGACGCGAGAGAGAGAGUGGAUACCUGCAGCAUCGCUUCUUACCUCCAACAGUUCCGAUGUGUCUCCAAACGGAGUAUAAAGGCUGUUUCAUACCUCAUCGACCACCACCCUCAGUGCAACGGGAGCAUCGUUUAGUGGGGAAGAAGGAGGAGAGCGGCUUCACUGCGGGAGAGAUUCUACAGCCCAACACCUUCCUACCGCAUUACUACCCAAUGGACUGUGCUCGGAAGAUGGGCAGGAGCAUCAUGAAGGCCAACUUUCUGCCCAAAGUCUUCCUGCAGGCAUCUCUGUUGCCUCAUCCUGGGAAAGGUCAGAAGCAGAGGUCAAUCCAUCACACUGGCCGCUUCAGUGGAAGGAUGUCUUCAUCAGGCUCCUCUGGUUUCACCCACAACGCUGCCAACCUGAAAACCAACACACACCCCCCACCUGAGGCUGCAGAGUACUUCACCCACUACCACAAGACGUUCUGUGAUGUGACAGCUGCAGAGAAACUGAGGUCAGGCUGGACCAGAGGGGGCAUUCACAAGAACAGAGCUAGCGGCUACGCAGGGCGAGACACAGACAGGUUCAACCUGAGCGGAUAGAGGAUAGAAGGAUAGAUAGAUGAACAUAUUUCAAUAAAGAGUUACCUGACUUGC